AGAGGGAGGAGGAGAGGAUGCGAGCAGUGUGUCAGUAGAUGGACUGUCUCUCUACGGAUGCUCGGAUGAGCGGAUACAUCAUCACUUCUGUUAAACCGUCUCACAGGCUCGUUUGAAGGCUGAAAACUAAGAAUCAGGUGACAAGAUGGGGAACGGUUCGAUGAAGUCAAAGCGUUACAAACACACCGACGGCUCCGGUGGUGCCUCCAACUGCCGAGGCCACAAAGAUCAGGGGUUCAAGAACUCUCCCCUGGACUCCCUGAGGGCCCGAGUGGAUGAGCUGGAGCGAGAGGGCAAGAGGAGGGACGAGGAGCUUUGUGCCAAAGAGCAGCAGAUCAAAGGUCUCCAGGAGCAGCUGGCCAAACAGACGCGAGCUCUGGCCGAGCUGAGCGAGGAGCUGCAGAGCAAGUGCGUCCAGCUCAACAAGCUGCAGGACGUGAUGAAAAGCCAGAGCGGGCCGUCGGUGUCGUCGAGGACUCCUUCCAUCAAAGUCAGCAGCAGGAACAGCCCCAACCUCAGUGUUCGCAUCAAGGAAAGCCUCAACAGAAGGAAAGGGGCCAAAUCCGGGGUGUCAGCCGAACCCACGUCCAGGACCUACGACUCCAGCGGCCUGCCCAAGUUCUCCUUUGAGAAGGCGCGGAUAUCAAAGGAUGCAAGUGUGAAGAAGCUGCUGACGGACUCCCUGAACAAGAACCAGUACCUGAAGCGUCUGGAGCUGCAGCAGAUCAAAGACAUGGUGGAGUGCAUGUACGAGCGCACCUACCAGCAGGGAGAGUACGUCAUCAAGCAGGGCGAGCCUGGCAACCAUCUGUUUGUCCUGGCAGAUGGGAAGCUGGAUGUGUUUCAACAAAGCAAACUGCUCACGUCGAUAACGGUGUGGACCACGUUUGGAGAAUUAGCCAUUCUGUACAACUGCACACGGACCGCAUCAGUGCGAGCGGUGAAAGAAGUGAGGGUGUGGGCUUUGGACCGGGAGGUGUUUCAGAACAUCAUGAGGAGGACGGCGGAGACGCGACACGAACAGUACCGCAACUUCCUCCGAAGUGUUUCCCUCUUGGCUAAUCUACCAGAAGACAAGCUAAGCAAAAUAGUGGACUGCCUCGAGGUGGAAUACUAUGACAAGGGAGAGCACGUCAUCCGGGAGGGAGAGGAGGGCAGCACCUUCUACAUCAUCGCACAGGGCAAGGUGAAGGUGACGCAGACCACCGAGGCCCACAAGCAGCCGCAGAUCAUCAACACGCUGCAGAAGGGAGACUACUUCGGAGAGAAAGCACUUAUAAGUGAUGAUGUCAGGUCAGCUAAUAUCAUCGCCGAUGAGGACGGUGUGGAGUGCCUCGUCAUCGACAGAGAGACAUUUGAUCAGACAGUGGGCACCUUCAACGAGCUGCAGAAGUACCUCCAAGGCUACGUGGCAACGCUCGAUCGAGACGACAAGAAGAGACACGCCAAGAAGUCGGUGAUCCGCCACCAGAGCCAGCCGCUGUCUCCGGACGUCAUCCAGAUGAAGGACAUGGUGUCGGCGUUUCCUCCGUCCAAGCCCUUCGACCACCUGGAGAUUGUCGCUACUCUCGGGGUCGGCGGCUUUGGACGAGUAGAACUGGUGAAGGUUCAGGGCGAGGACGUGACCUUCGCUCUAAAGGUCAUCAAGAAGAAGCACGUCGUGGACAACAGACAGGAGGAGCACAUCCACUCGGAGAGGAAGAUCCUCGCCGAGGCUCGCUCGCCGUUCAUCGUCAAACUGUAUCGCACGUUCAAGGAUAACAAGUAUGUGUACAUGCUGCUGGAGGCCUGUCUGGGUGGAGAGAUUUGGAGUCUGCUCAGAGACAGGGGGAGUUUUGAUGAGCAUACUGCCAAAUUCUGCGUAGGUUGCGUCACAGAGGCUUUCGAUUACCUCCAUCGCAAGGGUGUCCUCUACAGAGACCUGAAGCCUGAGAAUCUCAUGCUGGAUACUGAGGGAUACAUCAAACUGGUUGACUUUGGUUUUGCCAAGAAGAUCAGAUGCGGCCAGAAGACCUGGACCUUCUGCGGGACGCCGGAGUACGUGGCCCCGGAGAUCAUCCUCAACAAAGGCCACAACUUCAGCGUGGACUUCUGGUCUCUGGGCAUCCUGGUGUUUGAGCUCCUUACCGGCAGUCCUCCGUUCUCAGGGAGCGACCAGAUGAUGACGUACACUUUCAUCUUGAAAGGAAUCGAGAAGAUGGACUUCCCCAAGAAGAUCACCAAGAGACCCGACGACCUCAUACGCAAGCUGUGCAGGAAGAAUCCCUCAGAGCGACUGGGAAACCUCAAAAAUGGAAUAACUGAUAUCAAGAAGCACAGGUGGUUCAGCGGCUUCAACUGGGAGGGACUGAAGGCGAGGACUUUACCAUCUCCACUGAAAAGAGACCUUAUUGGACCGACAGAUCACAGCUAUUUCGACACCUACCCUCCAGACGAGGAAAGUCCUCCCGAUGAGCUGUCCGGUUGGGACGCUGACUUCUGAGACCUUCUGCUCCAUCUCGUCCAUUGUUGUCUUUCCUUUGCACACCCUAACAACCAGAACGUAUUGGGUAAAGUGGGUUUUCAGGCAUCACCUCGGACAGCCAUGGUGGAGGUCCUCACGGUUCGUUCUGGGCAACAGUAACAGUUGUGUUGGAACGAUUGGCCGUCUCAAAACAAAUGAACAGUUUUCGGAGAAUUCACCUUUGAGUUUGACUGUGAAAAAGCUUGUUGUGUUACUAUCACUGUCCUUUUGCAACAUAGUGCUGAUAGUGGUACAGUAGUAGUGGCAUGUUAGCAUUAAAGCUAGCUAGCUAGCUAUAUAAUACUGAAAAACUACCAAGGUUCUCCACAAUCUGUGUCUGAGAAGUGUUGCACUUGUGUGUUGCACAGCUGGCAGUGUAUGUGGGUGGGAAGCCAGUGAGGGAUCAAGUCCUCAGAUGGUUGGGGCACUUGUGAAAAAUUACAAAAAUUACAACAGCCCAGAAUUCAUGAAAAAAACGUGCGUUUUCAUUCCAUAAUUGGGGUUGCUGCUAUAUUAAUGCUCUGGAUAUUGAAUUUAGCACCUUUAACGCUCAUGUGCAGUGUUUACAAUAUAAAAGAAAUCAGUGAAAACAACUCAAAAGGCAGAUGUUGUCCGAUACUGUACCAAAGACGGAGUGAAGCAACUUUAAAAAUGCAACUUUAGACGCUUUAUUAUCUUUGCUGUAGUUUCAAAAUUGGUAGAGUUAUUGAUUCCAGCUUUAGCUCUGCUAAGCCAGCCUGCAGGCUGCGUUACUCAGGCUUCAUCUCAUGCCGCUUUGCAGGGAGUAAGUCUUGAAACAGAUCGGUGUCCUGUGUCACAUUAUUAUUAUGCUUUUACAUUCCUUAAUCAAUCUACGCCCCUACUCUAUAAUAAUCUCUUACAGAUACCUCUAAAAAUAUUGUUUUCUCUGGGCCCUCAUGAUGGCUCCAGAUGUGGUCGGUGCAGCUGCAAAGUCUUUAUUUCUUACAGCUGAGAGGGGAAUUUGUGAUUACAUGUGCAGUUUGUUUACGUCUGUUGAGGACUCCGAGGUGUGUGGGGAGCAGAUAUGUGUGGAGAUGACACUGCAGAAAACAGACCCCGGGAGAAGAGAUUCUACUUAACCACAACACACUGCUAUCCCACACAUGUGCUGAGAAGCAUCCAGAGUUCAGUGUUAUCCUCGCAGUCCCUCCACUGCUCCAACUAGACACCCGUGAAAACACCUACCCCCACUUACUAUAAGUUAUAGAGUGUGAGCAUCCUGCGGCGGGGUGCCGGACCUGAAGAAAUAUUUACCUUUUUUGAAGCUGAGUCAACUCUGCGGUUCUCAGCUUCUUAACCGUGAGGAGGCGACGGCGUUCUGCUUGGUCUGAGGCGUUGAUGAUGUGAGGAAGAGGAGCAGCGAGGAAGCUAAACUGAGCAGAACAAACUUCAGGGUUUACUGUGAGGGGAGCUUAGGGUGUUUUCCAUUUUUAAACACUUGAGGUUUACAGUAAAUGGACUGUGUACUGUGUGUCUAUGUAUAUAUACUGUAAAGCACAAGCAUCAAAAAUACACAAUUUAUACAAUCCAAGCUACUUGUUCCUUCAUGUAAACCUUAAAAACAACUGGGUGAGUGAGUUUUGUAAAUAGCAGCUAUACAGUAAACACUGAGAGGUGAAUGUGUGUGUACAGUAUGUACAGUCUGUGGUAAUGUCUCUGUGUAUGGAAGCACCUGAGAAGCUGUGGCCUUAAAGAUGAUGAUUUCAGGAUUACAGCUCUGUAAUAUUUAAGUUUUUAAAUUUGACUUUUUGUAAUUGAAUCAAAUAGUGUUCUUAGUUUGGUUAAUUUAAAUGUUAUUGUUUUAUGCGACAAUAGAUUAUUAUUAUUUAUUUAUUUUAUUUUCUAUACCAAUAUGUGCAGACCUUUCUCACUGUGCACAUCUUGACUUGUCAAACAAUGACAUUAAUAAUAGCUGCAUUUCAGUGCCAUUUAGACUAAAGUGACACUUCAUAAGAUCAUACCGACAUCAUGUUUGCCAAUUUCUGUUUGGCAGGAGGUUAUGUUUUGUUUUGUUUUGCCAAGGGAUGCACCGAUUGCAAAACUAUGGGCCGAUACCGAUGUUUAAAAUAAAAAAUUAUGGGCCGAUAGCCAAUAAUUAUGUUUUGUUGUUGUUUAUCUAGCUGUUAUUUAUUCCCCCACAAAGAUCUCUUCAUUAUAAAAAAAUAACUGAACUGUCUUAAAGUAAUUGAGCCCUUCAUUUAUAUCUUGAAUGAGCACAAAUUAAAUCAUACAAAUGUAUGAAAUAAGCUUUAAAAUAACCUUUUUUCACAUGAAAAACAAUUGCUUCAAAAGCCCCUUUAGCCUGAAUACUACUACCUACUCAAUGAGAGGAAUUUAUUACCUAGCCCGACAAAAACAUUUUGUGAAACAAAUUAAAUGUUAAAUAAAUCAGCAGCUAACAACACAACAUUUAGCCGGUACAAAAUGAAUAUAACACGACACAAAAACAUCGGCCACUGCCAUCGGUGAACGUCAUCGUAUUUGCCGAUUUCAGUCAAUGAGGCGAAAAUCGGCUGAUACCGAUGUUCGCCUGAUAAAUCGCUGCAUCCGUAGUUUUGCCGUAACCAAACAGUAACGAGUGAUGUAAGUUUUCACUAAAAAAUAGAAGAAAUAUACCAGUAAGACUUUAAGAUAUUACUUCUCCAAGUAGACUUACAACAACCUGUAUAACUGCGUCAAUGUCAUCCAUGGUUUUAUUUUAUUGCUUCCAUUUUUUGCUGCUAUUUUUCAUGAAUGUAGCUAGCUAGCAGUAAAAAAGUCAACGUCCACAUUCUGAUUGGCUGAUUGUUUCUGGGAUUUAGGCAUCAAUUCAGAGGUCUGCAACCAGGCUACUAUAGCAACGACCCUGUUAUUGAGCAUGUUGGCUGACAGGAACCCUGAAUAAAACAUCCCUCAUUAAUGUCGUCACACUUGCUUUACUGCGAUGACAAGUCAAGAUGUCUGCCACCAGAACGGCCUGUUGCUAAAUUUGUGUGGAUUCAUGACUGAACUGUACCUCAAAAUAAAGUUUUACAAAAACA